AUGAGCACAGAACACGUUGUUGCAGAACACGUUGUUGCAGAACAAUUACGCGCCGCUAGCGAGUCUAAAGGAGAACACGAGACACAAACAUCAACUCAAGACGCGGAUUCUCCACAGGUUAUCCAGCUUGAGGCUACUCCAACGGAAGAACAUAAUGGAUUUUCAGGACAGAUAGAGCCAACACCGUCACCAUCACUUCCAAGGAUGCCUGGAACGUAUGAUCUCAAUGGAAUUGAUGAAAAUCAUUAUAAAGAACUCAAGGAAAAUCUUGAUACCAAUAAUGUUUCUGAAACCAAUUUUCUAGAACUUGAAGAAUCUACCCCUACUUCCACUUUUAUAGAUGUUCCUCCAGUGCAUACAAAUGAUAUCAUCCAUGGGUUAGAACAAGGACAAGAAGAAGAACAAGAAGAGGAACAAGAAGAACAAGAAGUUUCUAAGCCAGAAAUAAGAGAACCCCAUACUGUUGAGGAAACACUUGAUGACGGAUUUGAUUAUUCUCGUCCUACAUUAGACCCCGGCAAACCCUUGGGUAGUUCUGGUAGUUCUCCAGUAAAGCCAGCCGAUCUUGAUCUCAUUUUUGAUGAUGUUGAGGAAAUGGAAAGCAAUGCAUCUACUGGUACUCCAAAUAUUCUUCAUGAUGAUGCGCUUGAAAAAAUCCCUACCAUAGAUGAUGAGAAUAUUGAUGAGCCUGAAGUGGAGAAGUCAGGUGCAAAUGCAGUUAGUGGUUUAGGAUUGGGAUUCCCAACUGGAAUUAGCCCGAACCAAGAAGAUGUGGAUACAGAGUCUGGUGAUUCCAUUGACGAUGAUACAGUGGAUGUCAGUACGUCAACCAUACAACCGCAAGACGUCACUGGUGACGACUUAGUAAGCAGCCCAGUAGCAAGCAGCACUAGUACUAGUAACAACUCAGAAAAUCACCAGCAAACACCUCAACAACCAUUAGCCCCACAGCAGCAGUUACAGAACAUUACUCAAAAAGCCUCACUCCUAGCAAUUAGUGAACGUCAACCAUCUCAAGUCCUGGCCCCUAAAGUAACAUCUGGUGCCGACACUUCGAGUGAUAAGUCAUUACCACAUGAUUGGAGAAGUCAAUCAUCACUGUCAGUUGUAAGAUCUCCAAAAAAUGUGGCAGAAGGUGGCGAUAGGACCCCUGGAUCUAGCCACAAUGCAUAUGCUACUGCUGCAAUCACCCCUGUGUUACAACAACCACACAAAUUCCAAGUAGCAACCCCUAAUACGACUUCAUCACCUCGUGAGCAUUUAGGAAUGGGUAUUAAUAAUAAUAGCAGCAAUACUGUAUCUUCUUCACCUUCACAAGCAUCACCAAAAGUUGCGGGGAAGAAAAGAAAGAGUGGGAAUAGAGUGAAAGGCGUGUUUUCUAAUAUGUUUGGUAAGAAAUCUUCAAACCAAUCAACAACUCAAUCACCAGAAGCUAGUAUUUCUUCAAUAAAUAUGAAGAUAUCCACCCCAUUUAAUGCUAAACACGUUGCACAUGUCGGCGUAGAUGAUGACGGGUCUUAUACUGGCUUACCAAUCGAAUGGGAAAAACUUCUUUCUGCUUCUGGUAUUUCUAAAACUGAACAACAACAACAUCCGCAAGCGGUGAUGGAUAUUGUGGCGUUUUAUCAAGAUACGAAUGAAAACCCCGAUGAUAAUGCAUUCAAAAAAUUCCAUUAUGACACUCAAAACCAAUCCAAUAUAUCGAUCAAUGCUGCCACCCCACCUCCAACACCUGGAGGGAACAAUGAUGUGAAUUCAUCUUCGGCAUUUUUCCAAACCCCAGUUCAAAACCAUGUGAAUCAAUUUGGAAGUAAUCUGCUGCAACAACAGACCCCACAGACUAUCAGUACGAAUAAUUCGUAUGAAUCUCAAUUCAUUCCUAGUAGACCGGCCCCAAAGCCCCCUGGACCAGGUAGCUCUACUAAUACUCCUAGUCACAAUGGCCCAAUAUCACCUACAAGUUCUCAAUUUACUGUGAAUACUUCUCCAUCGAAAAUGAACUCAUUUAUGGGUAGAUCUUUCUCUUCUAAGUCAGUCAAAUCAAUUAGAAGUGGAUCAAGAAAGUUUUCAGAAUCUGGAAAAGUACCAAUCCCAUCACAACCAUUACCAGUAUCAUCAAUUCCAAAAUCGAAGUCGCAUAAUUAUUCCUUAGCAAAUAAGAUAAAGGCACCAUCACCAGGCUCCACAACUGCUCCAAUUCAACAAACUGAACAAUUUGGGCGCAAGAAUAGUAUUAAAGAUGAUAAUAUUGAUGGCAUUGUACUACCAAAACGUGAUGCUAAUAGACCUACGGAGUUGAAAACUCAUCGUCCACCACCACCACCGCCAGCAAUGAAGGUACCUUCUGCUCCACCUUCAAAACAGAAACAACCACAACAGCAACAAUCACAACAGGCGGUCAAAAGCCAAGAACACGCUCAUCAAGAACGAGAACGGAUUCCAACCGAAAAUGGUGGGUCUGACAAAAAACCUAACCAACAGCCAGUAAGAGACCCCAAACAAGCCGCAUUGAUUGCACAAAAGAAGCGUGAAGAGAAAAAGAGAAAGAAUCAACAAGUUCUUAGUAAGUUACAAUCAAUUUGUUCCGAAGGUAACCCAAGUGAUUAUUACCGAGAUUUAGUUAAAAUUGGCCAAGGUGCUUCUGGUGGUGUUUAUAUUGCUCAUUGUAAUAGUGACGAUAAAAGUGUUGCUAUUAAGCAAAUGAACUUGGAACAACAACCAAAGAAGGAGUUAAUUAUUAAUGAAAUCUUAGUCAUGAAGGGAAGUAAACAUCCAAACAUUGUCAAUUUCAUUGACUCAUAUUUACUCAAGGGUGAUUUGUGGGUUAUUAUGGAAUACAUGGAAGGUGGUUCACUUACUGAAAUUGUCACCCAUAGUGUAAUGACUGAGGGUCAAAUUGGAGCUGUAUGUCGUGAAACCUUAAAGGGGUUGAAGUUUUUACACUCCAAAGGUGUUAUUCAUAGAGAUAUUAAGUCUGAUAACAUCUUACUUAGUAUUGAUGGUAAUAUCAAGAUGACUGAUUUUGGAUUCUGUGCACAGAUUAAUGAAAUAAACUUGAAGAGAACUACAAUGGUUGGAACACCAUACUGGAUGGCACCAGAAGUUGUUUCUAGAAAGGAAUAUGGACCAAAGGUUGAUAUUUGGUCUCUUGGUAUCAUGACUAUUGAAAUGAUCGAAGGAGAACCCCCAUACCUUAAUGAAACUCCAUUGAGAGCAUUGUAUUUGAUUGCUACAAAUGGUACCCCGAAAUUGAAAGAACCCGAGGCAUUGAGUUACGAUAUGAGAAAGUUUUUGGCAUGGUGUCUCCAAGUUGAUUUCAACAAGAGAGCUGAUGCAGAUCAAUUAUUAGGAGACAAGUUCAUUCAAGAAAGUGAUGAUGUAAGUUCUUUGUCACCAUUGGUAAAGAUUGCCAGAAUGAAGAAGGCUGCAGAAGGUAUGGAAGAAUAG